CCUGGAUUCGAUCUGUGGCCGGAGGCACCCGGCGGAGCAAUGGCGGUGCUGCAGGAGCUCCUGCCGGCGGAAGCCAAAGGCUUGGUCUUCGACCUGGAUGGCACCGUGCUCGACACAAUGGCGCACCACUGGCAGGCCUGGAAGCAGCUGUCAGAGGAGUUUGGCUUCUCGCUGUCGGUGGAUCAGCUGCUGUCGCUGGCGGGCAAGCCCUCGCGCGCCAUCAUGGAGCUGCUGUGUGAGGAGCAGGGCCUCACCCACAUCGACAUCGACACCGCGGUGCAGCGCAAGACAGACCUGUAUGUUGAGCUGGCAGGCGCCACGCAGGUGGUCGAGUGUGUGAUGGAGAUUGUCCAUGCGGGCAAGGCAAGAGGCCUGCCCAUUGCCAUCGCCACGGGAGGGAGCAAGCCACAGGUCGCCAAGUCGCUGUCGGCGGUGGGCCUGCUAGAGGGCUUCUUUGAUGCCAUAGUGACCGCCAACGACAUCACGCCCGGCAACGGCAAGCCGCACCCAGAGACCUUCCUGCGGGCGGCGGAACUGAUUGGCGUGGAUCCCAAGUUCUGCGUGGGUUACGAGGAUGCCCCGCUGGGCAUGGAAGCCAUCAAGCGGGCCGGCUUUCUGCUGGCCGUCGAUGUCACCCAGAUGCCUGGCUACCCCAAGCUUGUGUGACUGCCAUGUGAAGGCUGGCACCACCGGCGCCAGAACUGGACUCCCCUGCCUACAACCUUCUUGCACUUAAAGCCAAUGAAUGCACUUGCUCAUCCUCCUUCAGAUGCUAGAGAAUUGACUAUUUAAUUUGGAUUUGUUCACACUCUGGUUCACCUGUAAACGCAGGCAAUG